AGUUACGGGGAGGGGGAAGCUGAUUGUGGUGCCGCUCGCGAGACGUGAAGGGGAAGAAGUGGUGCCUGUGGUAACGCCAGGCGCCUCUUGCGGGGUAAAACCCCCUCCUCCCUCCCCUUUUUGCCGCCGGAAUCCCGCGAGAUUCGCCUCGUAGUGACCGGCACCCCCUGCCUGCUCUGCCCUCCCCUCAGUGACACAUUGAACUAACGGAGUGGCGGUGACUGGAGAACUAAAUGUGAGAGGCCGCGGCCGCCUGUGCUGCUGACAGAGACAGGGCGAGGGCUUCCCAUUCGUGAGGGAACAAAAGCAGCUUUUAGAGGAAGAAGUGUCGACUUGUACAACUGCAACUCUCAGCUGCUGCUUCACCCCAUUCAUUCUGCGGCCUUCCCUCAAUUCCACCUCAUGAGGAGGCUCCAUUGGAUUGUCUGAGGAAAACUCCACUCCCCAUUGGAUGGAGAUCUUGUUGUGCCUGUGUCAGAUCUUUGUGUUGCUGCCCAGACUCGAGCACUUGGAUAACUACCCCCAGACACCCCUCUUGUUGUUACAGGGCCUUUCACUUUCCCUUCAUACCCUCUUGAGGGGGGGAAACUGUGGACUUUGUUCUCUGGAAGACUCCAAGUCCUCUCUACACAUGAGCAGGGCCUUCAAGAAACCGCAAACCAUAUUCCCAAAGCCCUGAGAAACUUUAAAAGUUGUGAAGGGAGCAGUAUAUGGAGACCUCGGUCCUCUAUCUUCAGGCUGCUUGACUUCUAUGUAGAGCCGUUUGCUUUACAAUCUCCGCCAAUGAGGGAGACGGAUUUAAAAGGAAAGUUUGUUUUUUUUGUUUAUAUGAAAUAACCGCAAGCAGAAAUUAAUCAUACGGCUAAAGAGAGAUCCGUUGACUUUGUGGGGUAUCCCCUUCCCCGUCCCACCCUCUUUUUUUUUUUUUUUUUAACUAUUUGCUCCUCGGCUGAGCAGCAGAGGAAUGCCAAACCCAGCGCGGCAUGGGAACAAGAAGGACAGCGGUGGGUCAGCUUCUACCAUGCCGGAAAGCAGUGGAAGUGUCAACAACAAAGACCGUCAACGGAUCAGCUCUAAACACAAGAGGCAUAAGGCCAAACACCUCAGGGAAUUGUCUGUCCCAGAGCCGCAAACCUUGAGUACCUUGAAGCUGGUGGAAUAUGAUGACAUCAGCUCCGACUCCGACACUUUCUCCGAUGUUCCAGCCAAGCAAGAAAGGAGGGAAAAUGACGAGAGGCGCCCUUCAGAUAAAAGUGAGAAACUGCAUAAAUCUCGCCACCGGCACCAACACAAACGCCUCAAAGAGACUUCCAGGUCGAAGCAGGUCGAGAAGGAUAGGCAGUUGGAAAAGAGUCAAGAGGUAAUCGUAAACAAGGUACCCAGUACGAAAGACAAGAUCCUUAGCUCGACUAAAAGGACUGCAGAUGAGCAGGAGGAGCAUGGACGCGCAUCUAAGAGCAGUAGUAAAGACUCACGAUCUAAGAUGCAAAAGGACAAAUCACGGAGGGAAAGGGAGAUGAAAUCUGGACACAAGGAGAGGAGCAAAAGUCACAGGAAAAGGGAUUCGUCCAAACGCUACAAAACCUCAGAUAGUCCUAAGCGGAAAGGCCGGAGCCCUCGCAGGAAGUACGGUGGCAGCCCAAAACAGGAUGACAGUCACUCUGAGGGAUCUUGUGGCCAAGACUAUGAUGAUAGCCCUUCACAUUUGCACACUUCUGGUAACUUCAAUGAGACUUCUCGGAAAACUACGGACAGUCCCAGUUACAAGGAGCCUGCAGCUUACCAAAGCAGUGCACGCUCUCCGAGUCCUUAUAAUCGAAAACAGCGUUCUGUGAGCCCCUACAGGAGGAGGUCCUCUAGUUAUGAAAGAGGUAGUGGAUCUUACAGUGGGAGGUCUCCAAGUCCUUAUGUGCGAAGGAGGUCCAGCAGUCCAUUUGUGUCUAGGCAUUCGUUGAGUCGAAGCCCAGUGCCCAGGAAGUCUGCCAAGUCUAGAAGCAGGAGUCCCUUGUAUCCCAGAAAGUCAUCAUCUCGCAGCAAGAAGCAAAAAUCUCAGUCAAGAAGUCGCCAUUCCAGUAUUUCGCCUGCCCGGUUACCGUUAAACUCUAGCCUCGGAGCCGAGCUCAGUCGCAAGAAGAAGGAAAUAGCGGCUGCAGCGGCGGCAGCUGGUAGGGAAUCGAAAGGCAGCCCUUUGGUUUUGAAAAAAGAGAGUGCGGAUUUUAGAGUUGCCUCUACAGUGGACCUCAAAAAGGCAACCAAAGUUCUUAAGAUGGAAAAACCUGUUUCUGCAGAAAUGGUGACUGCAACUAGUUCAGAAACCAAGGCUAUGUCUGCCAAACCAGAGGAGAGCGAGAGGAAAACCCAGGUACAUUCUAAAGAUCCUAAAAUUUCAGGAUUAAAGGACUGCAAACCUGUAGCCAUCAAGGAGGAAGUACUGACGCCGAAAGAAGGAGUGACAGACAAAGAUAAAGAUGUACCGCCUCUUCCUCCUAUAUUGUCACCUCCACCACCUUUACCAACAUCCUCUCCUCCUCCUCCUCCGUCUUCUGUUCCCCCAUUGCCCCCUCUUCCACCAUCUCCAGUUGUCCAGCAACAGCCACCUCCACCCCUACCGCCUCCACCUUCACUAACAUUCCUGCCCCUUCCUACUACAGUGGCUGCCUCUUUGACAUCCUUCCAUCAUGUACGGCAGUCAUCUUUGUCCUCUCAGGCAAACUCCCAGUCCCCAGUUCCUUCACCUGCAAAGCCACAGCUACAUGUAACAGUCCCUCACCUGAAGACAUCAACACUGCCUCCCUUACCACUUCCACCAAUGCUGCUAGGAGAAGAUGACAUCGAAAGCCCUAAGGAGAUCCAUCCUCCCAAAAGUGUUAAGAAGGUAAAAGAUAAGGAUAGACCACGACAUCUCUUAACUGACCUUCCUCUGCCUCCUGAGCUUCUAGGAGGUGAUCCAUCACCUCCAGAAUCACCAGAAAGGAAAGUAGUAGCAUCUCUUCAACCUCCUUUAAAGAAGAGACCAAAAAUCUGUUGCCCCCGUUAUGGUGAGAGAAAACAGACAGAAACUGACUGGGGAAAGAGAUGUGUGGACAAGUUUGACAUUAUCGGGAUUAUUGGAGAAGGAACCUAUGGGCAGGUGUACAAAGCCAAGGACAAGGAUACAGGAGAGCUUGUGGCCUUAAAGAAAGUUCGUCUAGAUAAUGAAAAGGAAGGCUUCCCCAUUACAGCCAUCCGGGAAAUAAAAAUCCUGCGACAGCUCAUCCACAAGAGUGUGGUUAACAUGAAGGAGAUCGUAACGGAUAAACAGGAUGCAUUGGACUUCAAGAAAGACAAAGGUGCCUUUUAUUUGGUAUUUGAAUAUAUGGAUCAUGACCUGAUGGGAUUGCUGGAAUCAGGACUGGUGCAGUUUUCAGAAGACCACAUAAAGUCUUUUAUGAAACAGCUGAUGGAAGGGCUGGAAUAUUGCCACAAAAAGAACUUCCUUCACAGAGAUAUCAAAUGCUCUAAUAUUCUGCUAAACAAUAGUGGUCAGAUCAAGCUAGCUGAUUUUGGACUGGCAAGGCUUUAUAGCUCAGAAGAAAGCCGUCCAUACACCAAUAAAGUGAUUACACUGUGGUACAGACCCCCAGAGCUGCUUUUAGGAGAAGAGCGCUACACUCCUGCCAUAGAUGUGUGGAGCUGUGGGUGCAUCCUUGGGGAACUUUUUACAAAAAAGCCCAUCUUCCAGGCCAAUCAGGAGUUGGCUCAGUUGGAACUGAUUAGCCGACUGUGUGGCAGCCCCUGUCCAGCCGUGUGGCCAGAUGUCAUCAAACUGCCAUACUUCAAUACUAUGAAACCCAAGAAGCAGUACAGGCGGAGGUUACGGGAAGAGUUUUCCUUUGUUCCCACACCUGCUCUGGAUCUGCUGGACCACAUGCUUACACUGGACCCCAGCAAGCGUUGCACUGCAGAGCAGACUCUACAGAGUGAUUUCUUGAAGGAUGUAGAUAUCGGCAAGAUGGCUCCUCCUGACCUCCCCCACUGGCAGGAUUGUCAUGAGCUGUGGAGUAAAAAACGAAGAAGACAAAGACAGAGCGGCAUCAUCCUUGAUGAACCCCCAGCCAUCAAGGCCCCUCGAAAAGAAAGUGUAUCAGUCCCAUGUGGAGAUGCUGUGAAAAAUAGCAGCCCAGCACCACCUCAGCCAGUGAAAACAGAAUCCAGUGUUAGUCACUUAGCGGUUUUAGGGGAUAUCACCCAGCAGCUGAAUCAAAGUGAGCUGGCCGUCCUGCUGAAUCUUCUUCAGAGCCAGACAGACCUCAAUGUUUCCCAGAUAUCUCAGCUGCUAAAUGUACAAGCCAAUGCAGAGAUGCAGCAGCAGCUGGAGGCUCUUAACCAGUCUAUCUCAGCCUUGACUGCUGUUGCAGUUCCUCCCCAAGAGGCGGAGCCACCUAACGAGCCCUCGACCCUGAAUCAAGUGGACCUUCUGGGGGUAGGAACUCAGGGAGAGGUGCAGAAUGUUCUAGCCGUCCUACUGAGCCAACUCCUCAAGCCCCAGGAUGUUGUGGAUGUACCUGGAGAAAGCAACGGAGAGCAGACUGGAGGAAACCCCACAGCACACAUCAGUCUUGAGGAAGAGGAGGAACCAGAUAAACACCAUGUGCAAAAUGAAGAGGAGGAGGAAGACGCAGAUGGUGUCAAACGGAGUAACUCUCCGACAGCUUGUCAUCCACGUAUCCUGCCUCCAGAGAAGAGACCCCCAGAACCUCCCGGGCCCCCUCCUCCCCCGCCGCCCCUUUCCGAAAGUGAAAGCCAAGAUGUGAACCCGGCAGAUGCAGCGGCCCUUCUGCAGCUCUUCUCUAAUCAGGAGGUGAAAGCUGCUUCUGUUAAGGGCAACAGAGAAACGUUGCCGCUGAGAAAUGAGUUGUCUUGCAGGACUUACAGCGCUGAAGGCACAGAGGAAAACUUAAUGGAUGAUAGAGACUCUGGGCAACUGCCAGGGGAAUGUUCACCACAAACUGUACAGAAAAGCAGGACAUUCCCAGGGCAUCUGGUGGAAUCAAGUGGUUACCAGGGAACGGGAUCGGUGCAGUUCCCGGGGGACCAAGACCUCAGGUUCGCCAGGAUCCCUUUAGGGAUUCACUCGGGCGCAGUGCCUCCACCUGGACAACCAGAGGGGAGCAGCAACAGCUCUCACCUCCAUCAAGAAGCCAAAAUCCCAAACUACAGUGAGUUGGGGUCAGGGACCACAGCAGCAGGGACAAACCAGGCUUGGGGUGCCCCUUCUCCGGCUUUCGGCAAGGUAUACAGGGCUCCCGCCCGGGUCCCUCCGAGAGGGGGGCGAGGAAGGGGUGUCCCUUACUGAGACUGCCUCCGAUGAGCUAGGUUCUGUAAUGUUGUCUCAAUGGCAGCUGCAACAGCAUCUAUCUCUCAGGUGUAGCAGAAAGUCUGGCGAAUGGGGCAACCGUGAAAAUUCUGCGGUCUGAGGGGCGAACUGCUCUUCCGACGGCCUCUGCAGCUCACGCGUCUCAUCCAUGAAUCCGUGGGAUGCUGGUGACCUACACUGAGUUUAUCAAUCUACAUGUUCUUCCCACUCUUUCCUUUAGGGCUUGCAAGUCCACCCUCUCUCACUCAUGUGACGGUUAAUGCGAAAUAAAUUAACCACUGAAACUGCCACUUUCCAACCCCAAGUGCUUUUGACUUUGGUGAGGCCCUUUUUGGCGACAGAAGUGAGUUCAUUUGGUCCUGUGAAUUUGAAAUCAAUCCAGAGAAGACACACAGUAAUGCAGCUGGCUGUGUAGAACCUUCUUUCCCAAGCAAAUUCUCUUUCUUUUUUUUUUUUUUUUUUUUGCUGGAAUAUAUAUUAAUCUGUCCCUAAAUAACCAUUCUUUUUUUUUUUUUUUUUCUUUUUUUAUUCUGCUUCACUUCUCCAAUGCAACCUUCCAUCCUAAAUCAAUUUCAGAGCAGAAUAUCCCAAAGGACAGACCAUGAAUAUAUUCUGUCGUUUAUAUAAAUAUAUAUAAAUAUAUAUAUACAUUUUUUUAGGGCGAAAUCAGGCCAAUGCAAAACUGUUAUAUUUUUUUUUCUUUGUUAGUUUUGUUCUUUUUUUUUUUUUCUCGCUGUUCUGGCACCCUGAAAAUUGGACCUUUUUUUUUAAAAGAGAAAAAAGUUGUUGAAGGGCCUAAACAAAUAAACCGGAAUUAAAAAGAAAAGACAAAAACUCAAACUCCUUUGCAAUGUAUUCCGGGGUUUUUUCAAUGUUUACAGAUGAAGGCUUGCGGGAAAUGUGAAAUAAUAAUAAUAGAAGCAUCUGAAUGUU